AUGGAAAAUACCGACAGCGACAAGCCCAGGCCGGUUGCGCCACCUGAGCCCAUAUCACCCGCGCUCUCUUCUGCUCCCAAGCCUUCAACUUCCAGAGCUGCCUCACCAACUCGUGUUCCAACGCCAGAUUCUGCCCGCGCCAUAAAGGUUAAGAGCCCUUUGGUUGAGAGCGCGCCUGUCACCGUUGCAACAACUGUUAUAUCUGCCACCACUGCACCUCGAGCCGCAUCUCCACCAGCAGCCAUGCCUCCAUCACCAUUGCCAAGGGCCUCAACUCCAGCUCCAGUUGCUAAGGAUCGCGCUCCAUCACCAGUGAACGCGCAUUCACCUAGUACUGCUAAUGGAAAGUCGCCAGUUGUUGCUCCGUCUGCCGUUAUAAGCGCAUCACCAAGGCAAGUCAUAUCUCUGUUGUUAUGGGUUGUUCCUCUUUUUCUUCUGUCUCUCUGUCUUCAAAUCUCCCCCAAACUCAUCAAAACAUUCACGUCGUACUCGAUUGCUUCGCCAUCAUAUCUUCGCGUCCUCAGCCAACAGAUCAACGGUCGCAAGAUUUCUAUCGGCGAUGCAGAUGCUGAAAGCGAGCUAAGUGAGCCGCUGAGCACUGUGCAUUCUCCGUCAGGGGUCGACUUCAACGAACUUGAGGACGAGAUAGUAGUGGGCGCCCGCACUAACGGUAUUCGCAAAUCGUCCCCUAUUCAGCCAGCAUCUGAAGGCGAUGACGAGAUUAUGAGAGAUGCUGAGGAUGAGCCCGUGGCUUCCCACUAUCCAAAGAGAAAACGCAACUCCAUCUUCCAGGGCCUGAAUGAAAGGAAGAUGGAGCCGGUGAGGUCUCUCGCUGACGAACGACAACCACAAGCAACUGCGACGAAGAGCAAACCUCCACGUUCAAGCACUGGAAGCGUCAGAGGCGUCACCAUUGGAUAUUGGAGAGACUCGGAGGCUCCCACAGUGGACCUUAAACAUGCCGUCAUUGGUUUCAUCGAUAUUCGCGAGCGAUUACGGACCCGUAUCCAGCCCACCACAUUAUCUGGAGAAACGAUAUCAGACGAAUACCCCUUGCCACCAGGACCUGGCGGAAGUUGGGUAACCUUCGACAAGAUUGUGUUUUUGGAUCAUCUUGUGGGCUUAGACCAGCUACAGGUUAAGGAGUAUGUGAAGAUCCGCGCCGAAGCGAUUGGGACAGACGAGCUUGAGGGAGAGAGAGUUGCUGCUGAGAAGGCUGCUGUAAAAGAAGCAGUCCGUCGGGCCAAUCUCAACUCCACUGCCGAACACGGCACAAAUCUACCCCAGGUUGCUUAUGGUGUUGAUCUCCCCGAACACUUGCAACAGAACCGCGAUGCCAAAAGGAGGAGGACGAGCGGAGGGUUUGCGCCAGCCAAUCCUCCUCCCUCAAAUGGUCCUGUCAUUGAACACACUCCCAUUCAACCAGCCCCCGGUGGCCCGCAACCUCUGCGACAUACCGUUGAUCCCCUGCCUGGCACUAGACCUACUCGAAUUCUCAUUGGGCAUUGGGCCAAGUCUAACUCGCCGGACCCUCGUGAUCGCCAUGCAGUAUACGGGAUCUUGGGACAGAAUGAUAUGUUCCGCGUUAAGCUGGUACGAGAGACGCGCGACGGACGUUUCGUCGAAGGAAAUUUCCCCGCUGGGGCUGGUGCACUCUGGAUUGCAUACGAGGAAGUUGCAUUUGAGCCACACUUGCAAAACCUAGCACGGAACGAGAUCAAGGAAUAUUGCCGUGUUCGACAGUAUCAGAUAGACAUGGGAGAGAAAGAAGGGGAGCGAACCUCAAACGAGACCAAAGCUGUUUAUGAGGCACAGGCAAGGGCUGCGGGAACGAAUUACAAGGCGCCUGCUCCCUUGUCUAUUGCACCCGCUCUACCCCGUCUUCCAGGCGAUUAUGGCGAAGAAUCUGAUCAGACAGGGCGAAUGGGAUAUGGUGGCCAUGAGCUGCGACAGAGUCGGCGCGUCGAGGCCGCUAGAGCCGAAGCACGCCAGUCAUACAUAGAUAUCGAAACUCCUCCUCAGUCUGCGCCAGCUCCUCGUCAAAGCACGGGCAGGACAUCGGUGAACAACAAUGCGAUCGAAAGAACAUCUGCUCUAGCGGAGCGUGAGAUUUCACGCGUCGAGCUCGCCCAGGAACGCGCGCACAUGCAAGCAGCGAACCGUGAACGAGCCGCAGCCGCGGCCGCUCAGGCAGCCCAAGCAGCUGCAGCGAACAUCCCUGGCCUAGCUGUUAAUGGGCGGCAACAAUUACACGAGCGGGACGAAAUGCAACGUCUUAAUAAGGUCUGGGCACGUCAGGAAAGCCUCCGACUAAGAACGAAUGCCGAAGAUGCGAAGAUGUAUGCUGGGGUGAAGUAUGAACGUAAGACGCAAGGCCCAUUUACUGGGAAACUCGUUUCACAAGGCACUAUCAUCAAUAUUGACGGCGAGGACUACAUUGAGUACCGUGUUCUCGCUAAGCCAUCGUUCUUCUAG